GUACACCUUUUUCAAACAACAAAAACUGGGUCCUUUUCACUGCAGGUUGUGUUGAAAGGGGUCUUCAGCGUACGAGGUUGCUCUGUUCUUAUACUGCGAGAAGAGCUCAUAUCCACAUUGUGUGGUUAGGGAAUUCAGUGGUAACUUUAGCAGCAACAUGAGGUGGUGUAUGCAAGUGCUGCUGCUCAUGUCCGCUGUCUCAUUGGGGUCGGCGGGGGUUUUCUCUGAUGACCAGGCGAGUAAGGUGGGAAUGUUUGUGGAAGAGGUCAUGCGGUGUAGACAGGUCCCCGGGCUGACCCUGGCUGUUGUGAAGGGUGAUGAGACGUGGACACGGGGAUUCGGACAAGCGGACAUAGAACAAGGAGUUAACGUAACCAAGGAUACUUUAUUUGGAAUUGGAUCUGUGACCAAGGGUUUCACGAGUACCCUCCUUGCCAUGAUGUUGGAUGACAGUAAUGGAAGUUUAACAUGGACGUCAAAGGUGAAGGACGUUUUGGGUCCAGACUUUGCGUUUGUGGACGAGGAGAGAACAAGGGAGACCACUCUGAGGGACCUUUUGACCCACCGCACAGGGCUCCAGUCUUCAGUAAUGCCCAUAUUUGCUGGAUUCGCCCGCAACUAUACGAGAACUGAAUUUUCCAAGCGUUUCCGCUUUCUUCAAGCAGUUCAACCAUUUCGUGACGCCUACGAGUACAACAACUGGGGGUACGCUCUGCUCGGCCAUAUUGUGGAAGUGUUGUCAGGGGAAUCUUACGAAGCAACUCUGGAGAAACGAAUCUUCAAGCCACUGGGGAUGAACCAGUCACGUGUCCUGGGAAAGACGAUAACCACAAAUGCAACAGGAAUGGCAAAACCGUACUUUGACGUGGAGAACGAGCUCAUAUUAAUGGAUCCCUCUAUUUACGACCUACAUCCAGGAGAGGCCGCGGGUGCUAUUGCGUCAUCAGCAGAGGACAUGGCUAAAUGGAUGCACUUUCUGCUGAGGCAAGGGGUGACAGCGGACAACGUUACACUGGUCAACUCCAACAUACUUGCGGAGGCAUUUCAGGCCCAUGAGAGCAUAAUAGACGGAGAAGCGUUGUCAAAGCCAGCAUUUCCUGUGAUGGACUUGAAGUAUGGCUACGGUUAUGGAUGGUUCACAUCCACAUAUAAAGGAUAUAAACAGUUCAUGCACUCGGGCGACUUAUUUUCGUAUACCAGCUCCCUUGUAUUUUACCCUGAACUGGGCAUUGGAUUCUUUGUCAGUGUCAACGGAGCAGGGACAAUGGAUGCGAGAAAUGCAGAAAGGAUGAUCAAAUUCUAUAUUUCUGAUCUUUUGAUCGAUGAUCAACCUUGGCUAAAUUCUUCCACGGCUUGCGCGUUCCCUGUGCUAUCAUACACUCAAAAUAAUUCCGACGUCACGAACGCUGAAGUGGAAUGCCUUGAUUGUUAUGUUGGCAAAUACGGACAUUAUCUGUUUGGUGACCUUGAUGUUAGGAGGGGACCAGGGUCGUCAUUGGAACUUCACUACAACAGGUUAUCGGGUUCUCUCAAUACCACACUGGAUAAAAGUACAUUCAAAUUUGAUGUAGGGGACCCUAAUAGGUGGCUUUCCAGGUCCGGAAAUUCGACAUUUCUUUUCCCAAUAAUCUUCCAUGGGUUAAACAAAGGAAGGUAUGACAAAAUCGACAUUAGUUACAAGUUCACAUUUAGCAGGGGCAUCAGCUUUUAUGAUAAAAACAUAUUCACAAGUACCACGACUGAAACAAAUGGGCAGAGCGUCAAGGAGUUCAGCUACCUCCUUAUGGUGUUCGCAUCAGUUUGCGUCGUCUUGUUUAUGUGAUAUGGACCAAUGACUGCGAUCUUGAAAAUAUCUAAAUUUCGACCUGAUGCAUCUUACGAUUCUGUAAAUCAAAGAAACUGGCAUUUAUGUUGCCAGACGUUGAAUGUCAGUCACACAAAUUCGCAAUCAUCAUAAAAAAAAUCACUGGUUUAAAUAUCUUGCAAAUGCAAUCACAAUGAGGAGCUAGCAAGAAAUUAUCAUUUGUUCACAAAAAUUCACGAAAACGGUAUGAAAUUGGCUAUAACGGCAACAACAUUUGCUGGCACACAUUAAUAAUUACUUAAUCUGAUUCAUUGACGUUGUUCCAUUUUGAUUGGACGCACACAAUUAACCUAUAUUAAACUAUAUUUGCAUGUUUUGUUUAUUGUUUAACGCCGCACUCAGCAACAUCCCAGCAAUGUGACGAGGGUCGAGUGUGGACCACACAAUCCAGUAAUUUAUACCAUGAGCAUCGAUCUACGCAACUGUGUACAAUGAUUUGUAUCAACCAAGUCAGCGAGCCUGACCACCCGAUCCCUCAGUCGCUUCUUACGAAGCUGAAGACCAAUUAGGGGUUGCUGAAGACCAAUUCUAACACGGAUCUUCACAGAUCGCCUAUACUUUUUGCAUAUAACAUGUUACAUUUAUUACAUAAACUGCAAAUUUCCAAAGAACAUGAGAUGAGCCAUCAUCGUCAGAAGACGUGUCUUCCGGGGUCCAACCAUCUUCCCGAGAGUUAACUGACCAUAAAAAUCCAGUUUCCACCCUUGCCGAACUAGGCUGGAACUCCUGGGCUCGAUCGUAGCGCCACAAGUGGUUAUUAUGAGUUAUGUCCCUUCUGAUCC